GGAUCUGGGGCAUUGGGGUCGCAACCCCGAAUGCAAAUUUAAACCAAAUUCCCCUCGGGCAAGAUGCUCAUAGCCUGGUCUUAAGAAACGACGGAGCUCUCUAUUACAACAACGAGGAGAGAAACAGACUGCCGGCCAACAACCUGCCUCAGGAGGGCGACGUUGUGGGCAUUACAUAUGACCACGUAGAAUUAAAUGUAUAUUUAAAUGGGAAGAAUGUGCAUUGUCCAGCUUCAGGGAUCCGAGGGACUGUCUAUCCAGUGGUCUAUGUUGAUGACAGUGCCAUUCUGGAUUGUCAGUUCAGUGACUUUUACCACACGCCUCCACCAGGGUUUGAAAAGAUCCUGUUUGAGCAGCAGAUCUUCUGA